UGCGGGAAAAACAGAGAGGUGCUACACGAGUGAUGCUCCCCUGGAGCUAGAAAAAUCUGUCGCGCAUCCUAUCCUACAGAGUACACAGACCGACCCAAACACUGAAAUUUCUUAGCUUCAAAAAAAAAAAAAAAACCACUGAAAUUCCCCUAAAACCAGCACGGACCAACUUCACCGGCGGCUCUCCGCCGCCGUAAACCGAUGACCCUUGCAUUAUGCUUCUCGCGGUCAGGGCUUCUCAACCGGCGCAUCAACCAUCUGGCGAAUCAAGUCCUUCGCCUCCACCUCGCAUUCUCCUCCUCGGCCUCGCCGUCCCCGUCCGACCCCUCCUCCUCCUCCGCCGCCGCCGCCGCCACCGGCCCCCAGACCACCAUCAGGGAAGGGAAAGCGGAGAUCUUUUUGGACGAGUCGAACUCGGUCUUCUACAACAAGGCCCAGGUUAACAAUAGAGAUAUUUCUAUUGCUGUACUGAGAUCAUUUAUUUUGAAAAGACAUGAAGAAUAUGCCACCCGAUCAAGAAAAGUACUGAAAUACUGCAAAUAUGAUAGCAGGAACAAAAGACACUACAUUGAGCGAGCAUGCUAAGUAUAAAGAACCGAAAGUUCUUGAGGCGUUAGCUGCAUCAGGACUAAGAGCCAUUAGGUAUGCUGUUGAGGUUGAUGGAAUCGGUGAAGUUACUGCUGUUGACAAUAAUGAAGCUGCUGUAGAAGCCUGCAAGAAAAAUAUACAGCACAAUGGCAGUCUUGCAUCUUCAAAGGUGGUACCACAUCACGCUGAUGCACGUGUCUACAUGCUCACGCAUCCAAAAGAAUUUGAUGUGGUUGACCUUGAUCCUUAUGGAUCACCAGCUGCAUUCCUUGAUUCGGCGGUUCAGUGUGUAGCAGAUGGGGGUAUCUUAAUGUGCUCAGCUACAGACAUGGCAGUGCUUGCUGGUGGAAAUGCAGAAGUUUGUUUUUCUAAGUAUGGUUCUUAUCCAUUAAGAGGUAAACACUGCCAUGAGAUGGCGCUAAGGAUCCUUCUUGCCUGCAUUGAAUCACAUGCAAUCCGUCACAAGCGCUACAUAGUUCCUAUAAUAUCAGUACACAUGGAUUUCUACAUUAGGGUUUUUGUGCGAAUCUUCACCUCGGCUAGUACAGUAAAAAGCUCACCACUCAAAUUGGCGCAUGUUUACCAAUGCACUGGGUGCAAUUCAUUUCACCUGCAAAAUAUUGGAAGAAUUAAUUCAAAGGAUGAGAGAAACAUUGCUGUACCAAAUUUUUGCCCUACUGUGCCUGAAGUAUGUUCUGAAUGUGGCCAUAAAUUUGUCAUGGGGGGACCUAUUUGGAGUGCUCCAAUACAUGACAAGAAAUGGGCUACCUCAGUAUUAUCAGAUAUUCUUGCUUUGAGAGAAGCAUAUCCAGCUUAUCCAAAAAUUUCUUCUAUACUAACAUCAGUCUCAGAGGAAUUGCUGGAGGCACCUUUAUUUGUGAGUCUUCACAGUUUGUGUGCAAUACUGAAGUGCACUAAUCCAACCAUGGUUAUGUUACAAUCUGCUAUCAGAAAUGCUGGGUAUCAAGUAUCAGGAAGUCAUGUGGAUCCACUAGCUCUUAAAACAGAUGCCCCAAUGUCAGUGAUCUGGGACAUCAUGCGAUGCUGGGUCAAGCUUCACCCAGUUAAACAUCGACCUGGAAAUCAUCCAGGCAAUGUGAUACUUUCCCAAGAGCCUAAAUUGCAGGCAAAUUUUUCCAAAGUACUUGUGGCCUCAGUCACUCGGAAGAGCCCAAGAUUCAUGCCAAAUCCUGAGAAGUAUUGGGGUCCUGGGACAAAGGCUGGUAGGCAUCCGAAAACAUUUCAGAUGAAUAAUCGUAACUGACAAGAUCUCCGCGCCAGAAGAUGGACAAGGGUGUUUGGAGAAGCAUAAUACAGACUUUUGGCUGGCAAACCCCUUAUUAAGUUUUGGGGUAUAUUAUUAAUUGCUGCGGGUCCUGAAUUUUCUUUUUGCUUGGAGUGCAUUUAAGUUUUGGAGUGCAUUUUCCUUCCACCAAUCUCAUCAAGACAAGCGUAGAACAAGGUACCGGGGUUGGAAGAGAUUAGGGUUUGGAAUAGCAAAAAUAAGGUUGAUCUUUUUUAUCAUUAUCAGUUGGAUUGGAUACCUUAAUCGAUUAUGGACCUCUCAUCAUCAUAUAUAUUGAAACAUCAGAUCGAAAACCAGGUUAUGCAGCUCAACAAACAGAUCCAAAGGAAUCCAAUGACCAACGUGAGAGCUUGUGGGAAAGAAGGUACACAAGGUUGCAUGGACCGUGAGAUUUUGAUUGUGUGUUAUGUUAUAUCUUGUUAUUACACUUAAUGAGAUGGGGUUUCAUGCAGAACAAGGUUGCAUACCGCAUCAUCCAUAGAUACUAUUAUAAGUCAUUCCAAGAA